AUGGACGAAGGUUUUGAUGCGCAUGUGACGGCUGCCACGCUUGAAGAGAUCCCGGCGUACGAGGAGAACGAAGUGACGCUGCUCAGCGACGAUGAUGCACUUCGGUACGAUAGCGUUACGGAGGUCACGAAGUUACUCCGCUCGUCUUACCUGAGCGGGAUGCUACGUAGGUUGAGUGACUACGAGCAGACGAUCGGCCGCGGCAAGAACUCCAUUCCAUCAGACGAUCCCGAGUACCAGUACGUGUCGGACUGCAGCUCGCUGGUGCUGCGCAUCGAAGUGGAGAAGAGUCGUGUGCACGUCUUUCUGCGUGCCCAGUACAGCAUACGCUUCCCGGAGCUCGACAUGUUCUUCUCAGACAGUGUUCUUUACGCCAAGGUGGUCAAAGUAAUCCAAAACAACGUUGAUUUCAGUUCCGUCGUGACCCAGUUGGACGAGCUUCUCCCAUCCCAGCUGCUGGUGGUGGUGGUGGCGUGCGCCUCCACGACGUCUGGUCGAGAGUUGUCUCCGGAGGAGCUGAGUCGUGUAUUGGAGGCAUGCGAAGAGCUCGAGAACCUCGAGAUGGCGAAGCAAACAUUCCUCGAAUAUAUCCAGUGCUCGAUGCCGCUCAUCUGCCCCAACCUCUGCGCAUUCCUCGGCACUGGUAUCACGUCGCAGCUCUUCGCCAUAUCGGGGAGCGUAGCCAAGCUGUCGAUAAUGGACCCCGCCGAUCUGGCGAGGCUCGGUAGUCGACGCUCAAACGACAGCGGCAUUGCCAUAAAGACAACUGGAUUCCUUAGUAACUGUGACCUGGUGGCGAACUUGCCACCCCAGCUUCGGCCUAAAGCACUGCGCUUGGUAGCGAGCGUGACACUGACGCUAGCGAGAAUUGAUGCGAACCGGCGCGCAUCAACCAACUACGAAGGGGUUCGUGAGCGCCGGCUAACGUGUAACCGGAUGCGUGCUUGGUUGGAUCCACCGGUGCUGCGUGGCGCCGGUCACAACAUGUAUGAGCGUCGCGGCCGAAAGCGUCGACGCGCGAGCUAG